AUGCAGCCAAUACCAUAUCCAUCACCUAGAGUAUCACAAUUAGAUGCAUAUAUAUUAGAUAAUGAAUUAUUCUCGCUUUUGAAAGAACAAGUAACAUCUAUUUUUCAAUUACAUUCAAAUCCAAAUUCUUAUAUUUAUAAACUAUCAAUUAAUGCCAACCCAGAAUUUUAUUCAUUAUUAUUAAAUAUUUUAAUUUUCAGGUAUACAAUAUGGGAAAAUGGAUCAAGUUAUGGUUCAAUAUUACAAAAUUUAAAAUUAACAGAUUUGAAAACAGGUAAAAUUAUAAGUAAGUAUAAAAAAACAUCUUUAUUGGUGAUUUUGAUAGGUACAUAUUUAUACAAGAGAUUGGAGACAUACUUAUAUGGAAUAGAGGAAAAUAAUGGUCAUAAUUAUCAAGAUGGAAUAUUAUUAAGACUUAAGAAUUGGAUCAUACGUAAUAGAAUGAAUAUCCUAACUAAAUUAAACAAUAGUUUCAAAAUCUUAAAUUUAAUCAACUUUACUAUAUUUUUAGUUAAUGGUAAAUACCCAAGUCUCAUUCAUCGAAUUUUAAACAUUAUAGAAACUCCAAGAAACUCAGACUUGCUCAAAUUUAAUGGAUCUAAUGUCAAUUACGAAUUUCAAAAUCGUCAAUUAGUGUGGAAUGUAAUGACUGAGUUUCUCGUAUUCAUUCUUCCUUUAUUACAAUUACGUAAAUUCAACAAAUUAAUUAAAAAAGUAUUUGGUGGUGGUUCUAAAGAUAAAGAUUUUAUUGAUAUUAAUAAUCAACCUCGGCUUACAAAAUAUUCAAAUUUACCAAUUGAUCAAUGUGCUAUAUGUCAUGAUAAUAAUCAACAAGCUAGUCUUAGUGGAAACAGAGUAUUUCCUAGUCUUGGACCAAUUACAAAUCCUUAUAUUACAAACUGUGGACAUGUGUAUUGUUAUGUUUGUUUAGCUACAAAAUUUAAUCAAAUUAAAUUAGGAAGUGAAGAUUUACCAUGUUUAAGAUGUAGUUCCAAAUUAGAAUGGUUUGAAGAAUAUGGUGCGAAUGAAUAUGAUGCAGAUGCAAUAAUUAUAAAAGAGGAAGAAGAAGAAGAAGAAGAAGAAGAAGAAGAAGAAGAUAAUGAAAAUGAUGAUGAGAGUAUACAUUCUGUUGAAGAUUAUGAACCACAAGAAGAGAAAGUCAAAAUUGAAAGACAAUUGAGUCAUAGAUCAUCUAUAUUUAAUGAUAGUCCUGAUGACAGUAGUGAAUCUGAUGCUUCAUUUAGUGAAGAUGAAGAAAUUGAUGCUGAUGAAGUUCUUAUGUAA